AUGGCGCUUCUGAACCACAGGUAUUCCAUUUCUUCUUCCUCCUCCUUACCUUCAAUAUGCACUCACCAAUUUUCGACCCCAUUAUUCUUUGUAAUUACAAAACAACCCCAAAGAAAACUUACAAUUUCACUCUGCUCCCCUACUUCCACUCAAUCCUCCCCAAUAUUCCUCCCAUUCCUCCAAAACCCGGGUAAAAAAGAAACCCAUAAACCAGAACACAAUAAUAUCGAAGAAAUCAAUGACCCCAUUCUCAAAUUCUUCAAGACCCGAACAUCGGAGCAGGGUUCGGAGCCGGACCCGCUUCAAGAAGGUAGGAUUUCCCUCCAAAAGAACCGAAAAACCUCAUGGCACUUAGCUUCCACUUUUGACGAACCUAAUUCUGGUGAUGAAAUGAAAAGUUACCAUCUUGGCCUUCCUGAGAAUGUGAAUUCCGGUUUACAAACUGCGUCAGAAGGGGAAGGAAUUGUGGGGGAAAUACUGGAAAUUGCGAGGGGUUUACCAGAAAACGUGACGUUAGGGGAGGCCUUGGAGGGUUAUGAUUUUGGAGGGAGAAUAGGAGAGGUAGAGUGUGUGGAAGUGUUGAGAAUAAUGGGCGAGGAGGGUAUGGUGAUGAAUUGUUUGUACUUUUUCGAGUGGAUGGGAUUGAACGAGCCUUCUCUUGUUUCUCCUCGUACGUGCUCGGUUUUGUUCCCCAUUUUAGGGAGGGCAAGGAAGGGGAAUGAGUUGUUGGUUGUAUUCCGGAACUUGCCCUUUGAUCAGAAGAAGCAAUUUCGGGAUGUUCGUGUUUACAAUGCUGCAAUAUCAGGGCUUUUGUCCUGUGGAAGGUUUGAUGAUGCUUGGAAAGUGUACAAUUCAUUGGAAACAGAUAAUAUCCGGCCGGAUCAUGUAACAUGUUCUAUCAUGAUUACAAUCAUGAGGAAGAGUGGCAGUAGUGCCAAAGAUUCAUGGGAGUUCUUUGAAAAGAUGAACAAGAAAGGAAACAUGUGGAGUUUGGAAGUUUUGGGUGCUCUAAUCAAGACAUUUUGUGAUGAGGGGCUGAAAAAUGAAGCUCUUGUUAUUCAAUCGGAAAUGGAGAAAAGGGGAAUAUCCUCUAACGUCGUUGUUUAUAACACCAUUAUGGAUGCUUAUGGUAAAUCAAACCAAGUUGAAGAACUGGAAGCAAGGAGCAUUUUCAUAAUGGUGACUGAUCAUAUUACCAGGUGCGAGCGAAGAGGACAGGGUAAAGAUUCAAGCUUGAUGCAAAUAUCAAGUUAG